CUGGGAAGUGUAGGCGGGGCGGGCCGAGCUGAGCGGGCCCCUCAGCGAGCGAUCCCCUCAGCGAGCGGGCAGCGCCGCGCCGCGAACAUGGCAGCGGCUGGGCUGUCUGAGGACGCGCUGAUGCUGCGGCAGGAGGAGGAGGAGGAGGAGGAGGAGGAGGAGGAGAACGAGAACCACGACCACAACCAUGACCAUGACCAUGACCAUGACGGCGGUGGCGAGGAAGCGGCGCUCAAUGGUGUGGUGGACUCUGAAAAAGUGAAGAGCAACAACGUGGAUGUGAAAAUUGAGCCAGAAUUGGAAGCUGAGGAGAAAGGAGCCAAGGAAGAGCCCCCAAGGGAAUCUGAUAGCAACAUUUUGGAUCUGUCAUCUGAUUACCCAAGAGACAAACACAUUUCAAUUCAGAGACACCUCGCUGAUCUAGAGAAACUGGCUGAUCUGAGAGAAGAUGAGAAGAAACCUUGUCCAUUGUGUCCUGAGGAGAAAUUCAAAGCUUGCUAUAGCCACAAACUUCACCGUCACCUGCAGAAUUUGCACUGGAAGGUUUCUGUUGAAUUUGAAGGGUACAGAAUGUGCAUCUGUCACUUAGCCUGUCGGCCAGURAAACCCAACCUUGUUGGAGACCAGACAUUGUCCAAGAUGGGAGCUCAUUACCACUGCAUCAUCUGCUCAGCAACCAUCAUACGGAGAACUGACAUGAUCGGUCACAUCAAUCGGCACGUGAAUAAAGGAGAGACUGAGUCAAGGUUUAUCACAGUUCGUGCUCCCAAGUCACCUUACGAGAUGGUGAAAGAGUCAGCCACAGAUGUGCAGGUUCUUCCCAACCACUCCACACCUCAGAAAACAGAUUCCUAUUUUAAUCCUAAAAUGAAACUCAACAGGCAGCUGAUAUUCUGUGCACUGGCCGUGCUUGCUGGGGAGCGCAAACCCAUUGAAUGUUUGGAUGCUUUUGGUGCCACUGGUAUCAUGGGAUUGCARUGGGCAAAGCAUCUGAGAAGUUCUGUGAAAGUUACAAUUAAUGAUUGUAAUGAGAAUUCUGUGACAAUGAUUAAGGAAAAUUGUCAUUUAAACAAAAUGAAGGUGAAACUGAACAUUAAUGAAGAAGACAACGAUGAAACUGUGGGAGAUGGAGAAGAAAAUAGUGACACCAUUGAAGUGACAAAAAUGGAUGCCAAUGUCAUCAUGCAUUUGAGAUCAUUUGAUUUCAUCCAUUUGGACCCCUUUGGAACUUCUGUGAAUUACCUGGACUCUGCCUUUAGAAAUGUGAGAAACCUUGGGAUUGUGUCGCUGACAUCCACAGACAUCAGCUCCCUGUAUGCCAAGGCUCAGCACGUGGCCCUGCGUCACUAUGGCUGCCAUAUUGUCAGAACAGAGUACUACAAGGAGCUGGCAGCCAGGRCUAUCAUUGCUGCUGUCACAAGAGCUGCAGCUCGCUGUAACAAAGGCAUUGAAGUGUUGGUGACAGUAGCUCUGGAACAUUUUGUUCUGGUGGUGGUCCGAGUUUUACGGGGCCCGACCCCCGCCGAUGAUUCGGCCAAGAAGAUCCGAUAUCUCAUCCACUGCCAGUGGUGUGAAGAGAGGGUUUUCCAGAAAGAGGGCAAUAUGGUGGAAGAAAACCCCUACCAGCAGCUGCCCUGUGACUGCCAYGGCAGCAUGCCUGGGAAGACAGCAGUGCUUCUCGGUCCCCUCUGGUCAGGACCUCUGUUUAACACUGGAUUCCUCAGGAGAAUGCUGCUGGAGGCUGUGCAGUAUGGCUUGGAUGAAGCUCAGCCUCUUCUGAAGACAUUAGUCUGUGAAGCAGAGUGCACAACUCUAAAACAUUUUUCUACCCACAGUCCUGGUGAUGAGAACAAACAAGAAGAGUGUGGUGUAUAUAUUAAAACACAGAAUACUUCUGCAGAAUCCUAUCUGGUUCAUGGGAAGAGGAAAAGUGAGGAGGUGCUGCGUGGCACGGCGAAGCGGCAGCGGGGUGAGCACAGUGCCGAGCACCCCCCGUUCUACUACAACAUCCACAGGCAUAGCAUCAAGGGGAUGAACAUGCCCAAGUUAAAUAAGUUCCUGACCUAUCUGUCGGAGGCUGGGUACCGCGUGAGCCGAACCCAUUUUGACCCCAUGGGAGUCCGCACCAGCGCACCCCUGGCGCAGUUCAAGACUGUUCUCAUGAAGUACAGCACUCCCACCUACGUGGGGCCACAGGCAGAAGGCCCUGUGCACCUCCCUGGGGAGAUCCGGGUGGGAGAAGAGGUUCCAGCUGCUGCAGAGAUCAAGGUGGAGGAGGCUGAGGAAGAUGAAUCCAGAGUGGCUGCCACUGUGCUCACACUGUCCUGCCCUAGCCACAGCACAGCUGAUUGAUGCAGACGGGUUUGUUCAUCAGGAUGUUAACAGAUUUCCAGCACACCCUGUUCCAAUAAGCCACUCCUUCCUCCCAAGCUGGAGUUUGACCAUUUGAGCUGCCUGUUGUGCUUGAAUGGGACGGUUUAGAUGUAGGUAGCAGAACGUAGCCCUGAUCCCAGYGUGGCUGCAGUCACAGAGCUGGCACUGUGGGAAGGCAUGGAGUUACCCGCUGUUGUGCUCACUUCCCUUUCACACUGAGGCAUGGAGGCCACUUCCCAGUCUGUCCAUGCMUUACUGCCAGCACAGCAUCCAGGAGGGUGGACAGGGCCAAAAGUUUUCAGCAUUUUGGAAUGUGAGAUUAACGUGAGACAGCAUAUUCCUAAAAUGCGUCUUUCCUAACACCUGGCCAGUUGCGAUUCAGAGGGAGGGCAUGUUAAGGUAAGAGCACAGGAAUUACAGCCAGGCAGUCCUGCCUGGGUGCACCUGUAGCUCCAGGCUGCACWGGUAAUUCUGCAUUCAGGUGUGUUUCUAGGGUUCUGGCUUCAGGCAGGACUUGAUCCCGGGAGAACGGGAAGAAGUGGUGACACGGCUGCUACCGACCUUCAGUUUGUAUCCAAACCUUAGUGAGUUGUGUAGUCAUUCUAGGUAGUUGUUUGCUCAGAGCUUAAAGUGGUUGUGUGCUGCAGACAGGGACAAGGGACCACAGUGGACACAGUUCAGGUGAAGUUUGAUGGCGAGUUGUCAGUAGUAACUGAGCCGAGAUCUCUUCUGUGAACGAGCAAAGCUGCCGCCUGUUGGCAGUCAGGUCUGGUUUCCUUAAAUACAUGGCAGCAUUCCAGCCAAAUGAGCUUGCCUCUGUCCUUCCUUUGCCCCRCACUUGGGUCGGGUGUCUCUGUAUUUCUCACAGGUUUGGUUUUCAGCCCUACCCCCAGCCUUAGGUUUAUCUAAGCACAAUAUGAGAGUUUAAUAUCCUUACCCAUCUCUGAAGCUUCACAAUAAAAGUAACAGCACUGGUACACUCCUGAUGAUGCAAACCUUUCUAGGCUCCUGUCAGGCCUGAGGAGGCCUGAAGAGGCUGCUGCCUCUUCAACCCUCUUCAAUUUCAGAUUGCGUUGGUGGCGAGUUAGAAAUUCUCUUUAAUUUCAAAAAGGAGGAGCCCACUGAAGGGAUCUUGGAUCAGUGAUACAGCAACAAAGUUUCCUUCAGGAAUGUAGUGCUUACAGUUCUUUCCCAAAGCUUACCUGGGGAUCACACUGGAAGGCUAAAUGGAAGAGAAUUUCACAUUCCCUAGUGGCAUUUUUGGGUUUUUAAGUGGAUAGUGUUGGCAGACUUGGCUUGCAGGUAACACACUUCAGUGUUAAUAGGAUAGAUUCAGUCCUAAAGUCAGUUACCUGGGGCAAAGGAUUGUUCUGAUUACAGUGAACUAGGUUAAAAAGAAAGUUUAACUGAAGCCCCUUGUGGGAAUUGCUUUUGAUUACUCUUGCARCUCCUGUUAAGGAGCAGAAGGUAUUGAAAUACCUUUUCCAAGCCAAGGCAACCAUUCCCAUGUGUCUGCAGGGGCAGAAAAGGUGAAAUUCGGGCUUGUCUGUACAAUCCGGGUUUUUUUCCUGUGCCAAAUGGGUAGAAGCUGUGGUGAUCUGGGGUGAGGCGUUUUGCCUAUUGUAAGGGACCAGCUGAAGGGGUGUUUGUAACUCAGGCCUCUGGGAAUUCUCUUGUAUUCAUCACUUGUCUCUGCUGUUGCCCAGGUAGGGGCAAGUGCUGCUACAAUCAGCUGGCAGAACAUUUGUGGUGGUUUGAGGCUUGAGUUGGGGCAUUUUGUUCUUCCUUGUGCUGAUCCACACAGCCAGGUUGGCUCUUGCAGUGGGACACAGAGUGGGAAAUAGGUGAGAAUAAUGCAGGACGUGGUGGUAAGGUCACAGCUCCUUCACUGUCACUUCCUGAAGCAGCCAGUACCCAGUGCUGUGCCAGGCACCAGUGAACGACCUUUGCUGGAUCAAGGUGUUGCUGCAAGUGGCUUGUCCUGAACAGAAAACCAGAAYUGAUCAACUUCUGGAAGCCUAGGGGUUGGAAACGAGUGCAAGGSUAUCAGCUGGACAGCAGGUUGGAAAAUCAAUGCCAGAGAACAAUGGAAAAUUCUGCUAUAGGGUAUUAUCCAGGUACCAGUGUAGGCAGUUCUGUGUCACCCCCGGUGUUCUGUACCUGAGGGACAUGUCCUCCUACCCACUGGGAGUUUCUUUCAGGCAGUUUAAGCUGUUCAAAGACAACUUGGGGCAUCAGUGGUGGCCCCAGAGCAGCAGGAUCUCCUCAGAGAGUGCUCAUGGUCAGUACAUCUCAAGAAGCCCCAUUCUGGACAUCCACAAGCUUUACCUCUUACCUCAGGGUGCAUAAUCCAGUUAAAGGUGUGGCAGAGAGAAAACAAGGAAAGGAACAUCACUUGUGUAAAUAAUGCACCUUCACUGCAGGGGUUCAUCACAGUGGCCCUCCACUGCUCUGUACCGAAGCUGCUCCRUAGUUCAAUGCACCCAAAGCUGCUGGGCUUAGUCCGAGUGCUGUGCAAAUUCUUCAUCCCCCUUCGUCAGGCUGUAGGAGUGGGUAGGAAUACAGGAGCUACACAGGUCACUGGAAGAGCUGAUACCUUCUGUGUGCCCCUAUUUCUCACUCGAGGCCCAG